CAGGAUCCGGAGGCCGGAAUUUAGUCUGUGUGAUCUGGGACAGGCGCGGGACACAGGCAAACAGCCUUUUGAGCGGCAAUGAUGAUGGGGCGAAUAAAUUACACAAAACAAGAGAAGCUGUUAGCAGAGUCACGCCGAAAGGAAUACAUUCGCGAGGACCAGAUGAAACAGCUGCAUCGUGACAAUCAAAUGGAAGCCUAUUUAAAUAGUGAAGAUCGCGUAGAAAAGAAACGGUUUAUAAGACGAUUACAAAAUGAAGAACAUGAGCGCAAGAUGGAAGAGGCUAUAGAAAAAGCAGAAGAAACUAAAGUGUUGAAAGAACUACAGCUUGAGCAAGAAGAGAGAAUGGCGCAAGAGUUGGCAAGAAUAAAACAUGAGCAACUUAAAGAUGAGAAGAUGAGACAGCAAAUACGAGAAAACAGCAUAGAACUUCGAGAACUGGAACAAAAGCUCAAAUCUGCUUAUCUAAACAGGGAACGGGCUGCACAAAUUGCAGAGAAAGAAGUUUUAAAAUAUGAAAAAAUGAAAAGGGAUUCUGAAAUCGCUCGUAAAAUGAAGGAGGAACACGAGAGAGCUUCAGAAGAAGAGAUUGCCAAAGAUACCCGGCGAUAUCAGGAGAAGAUAUUAUACCAACAAGAGUUAGAAAGGCAGUUGGAAGAAAAGGAAAGAAAGCGACAGGAUGCUUAUAAGGAGUUCCUGAGAGAGAAAAUAAUGAUUGACGAAAUUGUAAGAAAGAUUUAUGAAGAAGACCAAAUAGAAAGACAAAUUAAGAUGGAAAAGAUAACCACCACUCGAAGAUACAUAGACGAAUUCAAAGAGGAGCAAGCCACUUGGAGAAGAAUGGAGCGUGAAAGAAUGGAAGAAGAAAAUCGUAAAAUCCUGGCAUUUGCUAAUAUGCAACAGCGCAGAGAAGAAGAUCGUAUGGCGGAGGUUCGAGAACGUGAAGAACGGAAAAAGGCCCUUCAUGAGAUGCUUGCUCAUCAUAUUGAAAGCGAACAGCAACAACGUGAAGAACUUGAACAAAUGCGUGAAGAGUUGUACCUGGAAGAACAAGCUGAGGCUGAGAGACAAAGGAAUAUUGCAGAGAUGGAGAAGAAAAUCCGCCAGCGUCUUGAAUUGCAGCAAACGUUUGAAGAGCAAAUGGCCUUUAAACAAGUUGUUCAGCAAGCUGCGAAAGAGGAAGAAGAGCUUUUCAGACAGGCCAUGCUUGCCAAGUUUGCUGAGGAUGACCGCAUUGAGCAGAUGAAUGCUCAGAAGAGAAGAAUGAAACAGCUUGAGCACAAGAGAGCAGUGGAGCAACUGCUUGAGGAAAGACGCAAACAAAUUCUUGCAGACAAAGAGCGUCUACUUCGAGACAAACAAGAGGAAGAAAGAAGAGAAGCGGUUCGUCGUGCUAUCAUUGAAGAGGAGAGGCAGAAGAUCCUUAAAGCACAUGCUACUAAAUUACUGGGCUAUUUGCCAAAGGGCAUAUUUAAGGAUGAGGAAGACCUUAAUCUGUUUGGUGAAGAAUUCAGGAAGACUUUUCAACAAAGAAGCGUAGACAUGUUAUCAAAUGAUGGUUGGGAAUCUUAAAUUACUGGUAUUUUACCACUAGAUGUCAGUCUUUCUUGCUGUAUCAUCUACUACAUGCUGUAAUAGAAGUAUUUGUAUUCGUGUAUCUCUACUUUUGUAUUUAAAAAGAUUUUAGUUUAAAUAUUGUCACAUUGUAAAUGAUUUUAAAAGUUUAUCAGAAUGUAAAGAAUAAAUAAACAGUUGUAUCAUA